CGCUGCAUCCUGGGUACAUUACUCUAUGGUGAUGCAGUGAGAUUCUGUUGUGUAAAGUGGAAACCAGAGUAAAGUAAACGGGGAUCUUCGGAGACGGGGGGCUAAAGCGAGUUACAAACGCGUCUUUCACGGUGUUGAACAGUCUCGGUAAACGAUGAGCCAACUUCGGUCGUCUCGAAGCGGAAUGAACUACACUUGAGCGCCCGAAAACGGGUCUUUCUUGGCACGGGGGAAAGCGAGAAUGAAGAAGCCGAGCGCGCUGCUCCCUGUUGUCGGCUUGACUGGGAAAUGGUAGCGUACUGCGGGAACCGCACUGGGAAGGAACAUGGUCGAGAGGAGCAGCAAAUUCUUGUUGAUCGUUGUCGGAUCCGUGUGUUUCAUGCUGAUUCUCUAUCAGUACGUGGCCCCCGGGGUGAUCACUUUCGGCUCCCCGCACGGUUAUUUUACGGAGGAAGACGAGGGGGACAUCUUCCCCACUCCGGACCCCCACUACAUUAAGAAAUACUACUUCCCCGUCAGGGAUCUAGAAAGAACGAUCGAUUUCCAAAUCAAAGGGGAGGACGUGAUCGUGUUUUUGCACAUCCAGAAGACCGGGGGUACUACCUUCGGCAGGCACCUGGUCCAGAAUGUCCGUCUAGAAGUCCCUUGCGACUGCAGACCGGGCCAGAAGAAGUGUACCUGCUACCGGCCGAACCGCAAAGAGACCUGGCUCUUCUCACGCUUCUCCACCGGCUGGAGCUGCGGCUUGCACGCCGACUGGACCGAGCUCACCAACUGUGUGCCGGGGGUCCUGAACAAGAAGGAGAACAAGCAGAAAAAUCAAAGGAAGUUUUACUACAUCACUCUGCUGAGGGACCCCGUGUCUCGAUACCUCAGCGAGUGGAGACACGUGCAGCGAGGAGCCACAUGGAAAACCUCCUUGCACAUGUGCGAUGGACGGACCCCGACGCCAGAGGAGCUGCCCUCCUGCUACGAGGGCUCUGACUGGUCGGGGUGCACCCUGCAGCAGUUCAUGGACUGUCCCUACAACCUGGCUAACAACAGACAGGUUCGUAUGUUAGCAGACCUGAGCCUCGUCGGCUGCUACAACAUGUCCACAGUUCCAGAGAAGAAGAGGGCCCAGCUUCUCCUGGAGUCGGCCAAGAAGAACCUGCGAGACAUGGCAUUCUUUGGUCUGACAGAGUACCAGAGGAAAACCCAGUUCCUGUUUGAGCGAACCUUCAGGUUGCGCUUCAUCAGGCCUUUUAUGCAGUACAACAGCACACGGGCUGCAGGGGUAGACCUGGACAAUGCUACGGUCCAUCGUAUAGAGGAGCUAAACGAGCUGGACAUGGAGCUGUACGACUACGCCAAGGACCUGUUCCAGCAGCGCUACCAGUACACCAGGCAGCAGGAGAGGCGGCAGCAGCGCAUCAAGAGCCACAUGCAGCAAAGCCACCAGGGCCUGGGUCUGGGUGUCAGCCUGUGGCCCUCCGGCAGCCAGCAGGGCUCAAUGUUGACACUGGAGGACAGAGAGAUGGAGAGGGAGGAGCGGGAGGAAGGUGAGGAGGGAGGCAGAACAGAGGAGGCGGGCAGCAGGCUUCCCACUGAGGACUACAUGAACCAGAUCAUCAACCGCUGGUAGCAGCAGCAUAGGAGCAAACACAGACCUGAAUAUGUAAUGUGAAAAUACAUAUACGUAAACACACACAUAUACAGAAAGUGUGCGCCUGCAUUGAAGACCCAAAUGACUUUACCAUAAAGUUAGGCUGCACUACUCGGAGUCCAAGUGGUUGCUAUGGAGAUCUGGGCUUGGUCGAUUGCAUCAGCUCACAUUACUUAGGUUUGUCCAGUUGAUAUUCCCACCCUCCCCACCCCUCGAGUUUCUGUGCAUCUCCUGUCAUCACUACAGACUGUGCACAAGAGAGAUAUUACAAGUUGCUGACAACCGAGUAUCUCAUCCAGAUCUCCCGUCUCCACUCCUCCUCCCUCUGUAUUCUUCUCGUUCUCUGUGGCCUGAUAUGGAGCAUGAGAAAAAUCAAAUUUAGUCUGCGAAUUCCCACUAAUCCUUGAAAAGAACCAGUCUACUUCCUGGACACACCCCAUUUUCAAAGGAACUGGCAAAGCUAUGAAAGUGUACUAAUGGAUAAACUGAACAAAGAAAAUGAUGGCCUUACAUGGGGAAAUGAAUCUGAAGGAAAGAGCAGAUAAAAGUUGGACUGAAUUGUGUAAUAAAAGCUUUCUGCUUAAAAUUAAAAAAAAAAAAUCUGCCAUUUCAUCCAUGAACAUGCUUUGGUCAUGAAAUAAUGACAGUCUCAUUCUCAUUUUAGGAUGAUUUCACUUGUAUUUUCCUUCUGUGUUUAUGCUUUUUUUAAAGCAGAAUUGUAAUAACACUGAGACCAAUAUUGCUGCCUAAUGAAAAGUGAUUCCUUUGUUUCUUUAUUUUUGUUUGUUUUUUAAGUCAAAGCUAAUGAAUUGGAUGGACGUACAAUGGACCAUAGCCAUUACAGAAGCCUUGCAUCUCGGGGAGGGGAGUGGCCUGUUUCUCUGUUGAAGGUUCGCAGAGCUCCCGCUGCUUAACAAGUUCAUUAUUUCUCUUUUUUUUUUUCUCCGUUUUGUGUAUGUGUGUGUCACAGUCCUGCAGAGAAUGACAGCCAAUUACAGAGCUGAAUCUCACAUAGGUGUGAAGAAAUCAAAGGCAGGGAGAGGAGGGAGUCUGCCGCAGGUUGUUGCCAGGAACCGUGCUGUGUGAGCAGCAGACGCUUUAGAAACCUUAACUCAGACAAAUGCUCGAGAAGGGAGUUGUGGAAGUACUGGUCAUCAUGGCAAUGUGAGCCCUUAAUAUAGUGGGUGGCAAUUUUAGUUUCUCUUUUUCCUUUGGUUGGUUGGGUUUUUUUGUGUGUGAUGCUUUUUUUUUUUUUUUCUUUUUCUAACCAAGAGUAGCGAUGGUUCUGAAACAAGCCUCCGUGCCACCUGCUGAAACGGUACACACAGUGCUGGUGACCUGGAGUUCAUUGGUGUGACCGGAAUUUUGCUUGGUUUUACCGUGAAGACUGGAUGGGGUGAGGUAGCAGUGCCUCUAUGUAUUGAGGUCAUAGUCAACAUAAUUAUUGCCAGAUGCUAUAUCUGCAUUAUACUUCAGUGAUUUCUCUGACUACUCGUGUCUGUGCAGAUGAGAGUGUGUGUGUGUGUGUAAAUAGUAUGUACAGUAUGCCUGUGAUUUGUGUAUGCCUUUGUAAAUAGUGUGUCUGGCUGAGAGCAGAUGUCUGAUGGGUUUUGUGAAUAACUGGUUUCAUGACCAAUUAUCCUGCCAUUUUUAGUGGUAGUGCGCAGGACACCGGUGUCCCCCCAACAGCGUGUCACAGCGCUGUGACCAUCGCAGUGAUACAAGCCAGUAAUACUCCCCUCUGCCCCUUUCUUUAACCUUCCCCCAUUGUUUUACUAAUCUUAAGUUCAUAUUUAUAUUUUUUUUAAAUCUGCCUGUGUGACAUUUCUUUACAUUUAACAGCAAACUCUGCAAGUAGGGUUGGGUUGCAAUGGCUGUCUCUAUUUUGAAGUGGAUGUUCCAGCAAAUGAUCUGAACCAAUCAGCAUUUUAAUUUAUGCAUUUGUAAUUUGUGUGUUUCUUUUAAUAUGAUGGGUCACACUUGUAGUAGGUGACAGAAUUUGGCAUAAUACCUGUUCUUGCUGGCAAAAUAUCCACAUUUGUUCAACUCUGAUGCUAACGAAUGUCUUAAUUAGCAGUGUAGACAACAUUAAUGUAGCUUUCACUGGUUAAAACAAUGACCUAUUUGUAACAUCAGCUCUCCAUUCAUUACUCUGUGAUUCAGUAAUAUUGUGUUUCCUAUGUGAAGGGAACACUAUAGCUAUAUUGUUUUAAUCCAUCAGCAAGUUGUAUCUUCAAAGGUAUUCUGUGACUCCACAGGUGACAGCUGGCUCCCUGGAAAGAUAAUGUGUUUGCCCGGAGCCAAUUGUGACAGUCUGGCCUGCAAAGCUGACUUAUCAUGCGUUCCAGCACAGUGGAAGUCUCUGGAGAGUUUCUGUCUCAGUCUGAAAAUAGCUGCGGAGAUGCAACUUGCUACUGGAUAAUAAAAAGAUAAAAAUUACUAGUUGACUGUUGCCCCAAGGUUUACAUAAAAUAUGACUGUGUGACAAAAUCACAGUUGCAGGUCUCUGUGUGCACUUGGCCAAAGAUUGUUUAUUAUGGAAAGGAAACCUCAUUCUGUAACAUCAUUCUAUAACUGAGUGAACUGUGUGGUUUUGUAGUUUAACAAGGCCAAAAGAGUAGCGAUACAUCUCUGCAGAAAUUUUCUAUCUGAUUAGUUGAAGGUGUCUCAUUAAUUUGAGGAGCAUCUCAGUUCAACCUUUAGCAAUAUGUUUUAAAAGUAUCAACCUAAGAGAAACCUCCAGAAUUUAACAUUUCAUCUUGUUUUCAGGUUGAAGUGUGUGUUUCAGAUAACAAACAAUAGCUUGUAAAUGUUGAAAUCUAAGCCUAGUCAGAUUGGAUAGUGGAUGUGGAUUUGAUAAAAUGCUACUGAAACCCAAUCCUAUCUACACACAAAUCAUCUGAGGAAUAAAACCAACAAGAAGGUGCAGAACAGAAUGUAAAAAUGGGAAGAGAAAAAAGUCACGUGACAGCAUGUUUAUACUGAAUUCUGUCCAGCCUGUGCCUUCCAAUGGGAGGUUUGCUACAUCCUUGGUAUUGACAUGUUGUAUCCCAUUGUUAACAAUAGUUUUUUGUUUUUGUUUUUUUAAGUAGAAAGGAAGGGGAGACCAACAAUUUACUCCCCCACCACCCUUGCUAAAUUUCAGCUAAUUACCCUGGAUCCUUCCUUGUCUCUUUUUGAUCAGCCCCUUUUGAAUCAGGGAUGAUUUAUGACGGGAAGGAGAGAAGAACAGGGGGUUGUGGGUGGAGGGAUGAUGAAAGGUUUUGGGAUACAUCCAGAUUCAUAAUGCUGCUUUUUGCGUGGCCUUCAAAGUAAUGCAAUAUGCACGGGGAAAAAUGUCUACAGAAAGGAAAAUCUCCCUUUUUUCAUUUGUAUUAACUCACCUUUCAUUGUCUUUUUGAAACUGGAGACCUGAAAAAAAAAAAACUGCAGCUCUAGGCGUUUUGCCCACAACCUCUUUUUCAGUCAGACUUCUAUUAGACUAUGUUUUGGCUCCAGACUAAUAUCUGGCACCCCAUUAGUGGUUAAAAACAGGACACAAAACUAAUUCUUUUGUGUUUUAUUUUCAGCGUUCCAGUGUCAAGUGACCGUCAGACCUAAAGCACUGCUCAAAAAUACUCCUGAAUAAUGUGUGGAAGAAAAACUCCUUUCGCUGAAAUGAUUCCAGUAAAGCUAUGCUGAAAUAUUUUGUCUCAUCGCUAUGUAUAUCUGAUGUCUUAAUGUUUCAUUUGUGACAGUAAAAGCAAGCCAGGUGUCACUGACAUCAUCAUCCUCCUUCUUUUUUAAAGAUGUGUUAGAGAGAGCGUGAUAGAGAAUUGUUCUUUUGGAUUGGUGUGCAGACUGUCACUGGCUCCUUCUGUAUGCAUCAUUCUGGGAUUGUUUCUUAUGAUUGCAAAAAUGAAUCAUCAAGCCACCAAUUAAAAUAUUUCAUUUUUAC